UUUUUAAACUAUUUUAACGAAUUUAAAAGGAUUUGAAAAAGGACUGUCCUCACAGGUUUGGAGACUAAACUCACAUCCGUUCUGUUUAUUCUGCUGUUUCCUGCGAAAGACGCGAAACAGGCUUAUCUCAACUGGUUCUUGUCGUCUGUUCAUGGUUUGGAAACUAUGCAACUGACUUCUCUGCCGUUCUUGUCAAGAUCUUCACGAAAGGACGCACACCAGGGUGAUACCACCUGAUUCCUGUGUUUUGUUCGUCCAUGGUAGGAUUGAAUGUCCACUAUUAACUCUGGAUUGCGAGCGGAAAAUGUAAAUGUUAUCCCUUUUGUUUUUCUUGAUGUGUUUGACUCUCCCUGCUGAUCAUCGUCAAUUUCAAUCAGAUUUUCUCUGUCUGCCUGCAUACUCAGACCAUUGUUUUAUCUUCGAUAUGGCUUUAUACUAUUCAUCAUCCGACUUGCUACGUUUAAAAUCCUCGUACCGCCUGCCAGUCGGAGUUUAUAAUCAAUGUGCUGCCCUGGGAAUUACGCGUCGACCACGGUAUGUGCAUCGUGGAUCACGUCGCUGUUUUCAGAUGGCUUCUUCUGACAGUCAUGUUCCAGUCAUCUGGUCUUCUCGUCGUCAUCAACUGAAUGAUCUAAAUGAUGUAAAACGCGGUGUUAAUGUAAACAAUCUUAGCGUGUUAAAAUACACUGCCAGUGUCCCGUUGGAAAAGACUGAAAUCACCUCCAUAAAAAUGGGUCUCUUAAAUGCACGAUCUAUAUCUAACAAGGCCUUUAUUUUGAAUGAUUUUAUGAUGUCAUGUUCGCUUGACUUUUUCUUUAUUACUGAGACUUGGUUGAAUCCUGGUGAUCAGAUGGCUUUGGGUGAGUUGACACCACCAGGCUGUGACUCUUUGAACUCUCCUCGGACCGCAGGACGAGGAGGUGGGGUUGCCACUGUUUUCCGUAACACUUUUAAAUGCAGACUACUAUCCACACAAAUCUAUUCGAGUUUCGAGGUACAGCUACUAAAGAUUGAUACUCUGGAUUCUUUUUUCUGUGCUUUGGUAUAUAGACCGCCCAAAUGGAAUAAGGAUUUCAUUCAGCAAUUUUCUGAUUUUCUCUCUGGUUUGAUGUCUCGCUGUGAUAAACUUUUGGUCCUUGGGGAUUUUAAUGUCCAUUUAUGCUGCCCAUCAAUGCCAUUGGUUAAUGAAUUUCUUUCUCUUAUUGAGACUUUUAAUUUAACACAACAUGUUUUUGGUUCUACUCAUAUGAAAGGUCACACAUUAGAUCUUGUGUUAUCAUUUGGUAUUUCAGUAUCAAAUCUGGAGGUUUCAGAUGUAGGUAUUUCUGACCAUUAUUCAGUGGUAUUCGAUGCUGUUUGUUCUUAUAUCUAUCCAAUCUCUUCUCAGCCUUUACAUUAUGCUAGGUCCAUCAAUUCUACAACUGCAAACCUUUUUUCAGAAUUUUAUUUAUCUCAUGUUACAGACAAACUUUUGCUUUAGAUUGUGUUGCCCCUCUUAAACUAAAGAAACACAAGGGAAUCUCUCAACCUUGGCUAAAUAAUGUAACACGCACUUUUAGAAAAGAAUGUAGAAAAGCUGAACGCAAGUGGAAGAGAGAUAAACUUCAAAUUUCAUCUGAAAUGUUAAAAAAUUCUUUGGCUAACUAUCAGAAAGUAGUAAAGGAGGAAAAAAUGAAAUUUUUCUCUAAGGUAAUUUCAGAUAAUGCAAACCGGCCAAAAGUACUGUUUAACACAAUUGAUUCCAUUUUAAACCCCCCAAGGAAUG